UGUGAAGUCGCUCGCCUGUCUCUGCCACGCCCGGGCGGUUACUGGCAGCGGCGGCCGCUUCGGCUGCAGCUCUCAGGCUGCUACCGGUUUAGAUCCUUUCCCUGAGGGAGCGCGGGCGGAGGACGGAGGACGGAGGACGUCGGGGCAUUCCUAUUUUUAUUAACUGUUGAAGGAGCCAUAAAAAAGAACAAACAUUUGAGUAUAGUUGACCCUUGAACAACAUGGAGGAUAGGAGUGCCUAUCCCCUGCACAGUCAGAAAUCCAGGUCAUGACUCGCCAGAGUAUGAUAAUCACAUGAGAGCACUCAUUGCUACAGAUGUCAUUUGACUCAUCAGAAAAAAUCUGUUUAAAAGAAAAUAUCUAUACGACCAGAUCCAUUUCAUUAUUGAAUGGCUUGAUGGAUUUCCUUUACUCUGAUACACACCAAAGCUGUCCUUAUCAACCAAAGCAAGAAAGGAUCCUGCAUGAGUCAAUCACAGAAUGCCAUUUUUACAUCACCAACAGGUGAAGAAAACCUCAUGAAUAGCAAUCACAGAGACUCAGAGAGUAUCACUGAUGUCUGCUCCAAUGAGGAUCUCCCUGAAGUUGAGCUGGUAAGUCUGCUAGAAGAACAGCUACCCCAGUAUAAGCUAAGAGUGGACUCUCUGUUUCUAUAUGAAAAUGAAGACUGGACUCGGUCCCCACACCAGCAGCAGCAUGCAUCUGAUGCCCUCUCUCCAGUCCUUGCUGAAGAGACUUUCCAUUAUAUGAUUCUAGGCACAGACAGGGUGGAGCAGAUGACCAAAACUUACAAUGACAUCGACAUGGUUACACACCUCCUGGCAGAGAGGGAUCGUGAUCUGGAACUAGCUGCUCGAAUUGGACAAGCUCUCUUAAAACGGAACCAUGUCUUGUCUGAGCAGAAUGAAGCUCUGGAGGAGCAACUGGGACAAGCCUUUGAUCAAGUUAAUCAACUGCAGCAUGAGCUGUCCAAGAAAGAUGAAUUACUUCGAAUUGUCUCUAUUGCCUCUGAAGAGAGUGAAACUGAUUCCAGCUGUUCUACACCUCUUCGGCUCAAUGAGUCCUUUAGCUUAUCUCAAGGUUUGUUGCAGUUGGACAUGCUACAAGAAAAACUCAAGGAACUGGAAGAGGAGAAUAUGGUUCUUCGAUCCAAGGCUUGUCACAUAAAGACAGAAACUAUUACCUAUGAAGAGAAGGAACAACAACUUGUCAAUGACUGUGUUAAAGAACUUCGUGAAACAAAUGCUCAAAUGUCCAGAAUGACUGAAGAAUUAUCUGGGAAGAGUGAUGAACUGAUUCGGUACCAAGAAGAGAUCUCCUCUCUCUUGUCUCAAAUUGUUGAUCUUCAGCAUAAAGUUAAAGAACAUGUGAUUGAGAAGGAGGAACUGAGACUUCACCUACAAGCUUCCAAAGAUGCCCAAAGACAACUGACAAUGGAGCUGCAUGAGUUACAAGACAGGAAUAUGGAGUGUCUGGGAAUGUUACAUGAGUCCCAAGAGGAAAUAAAGGAACUUCGUAGUAGAUCUGGCCCUGCUGCUCAUCUUUACUUUUCACAGUCAUAUGGAGCUUUUUCUGGGGAAUCCCUGGCAGCUGAGAUUGAGGGGACCAUGCGUAAAAAGUUGAGUUUGGAUGAGGAAUCUUCUCUCUUCAAACAAAAAGCCCAACAGAAACGGGUAUUUGAUACUGUCAAGGUUGCCAAUGACACACGGGGCCGCUCUAUCCCAUUCCCAGCUCUGCUGCCCAUUCCAGGGUCCAACCGUUCAAGUGUCAUCAUGACAGCAAAACCUUUUGAGUCUGGUUUGCAACAAACAGAGGACAAAACCCUCCUGAACCAGGGGGGCAACUCAGAAGAGGUUUCAGAGAACAUUCAGAAGCUGGGUCAACCAGGACCCUCUGAAGAUAGUGAUUUGGCUACAGCACUGCAUCGCCUUAGUCUGCGGCGACAGAACUACUUAAGUGAGAAGCAGUUCUUUGCUGAAGAAUGGGAACGGAAGAUCCAGGUUCUGGCUGACCAGAAAGAAGGGGUUAGUGGCUGUGGCACCCCCACAGAGAGCCUUGCCUCUCUGUGCACCGACCAGUCAGAGAUCACAGACCUCAGCAGUGCCAGUUGCCUUCGAGGUUUUAUGCCUGAGAAAUUACAAAUUGUCAAGCCCCUUGAAGGAUCACAAACUUUGCACCACUGGCAGCAGCUUGCUCAACCAAAUUUAGGAACCAUUCUUGACCCACGACCAGGUGUCAUCACUAAAGGCUUUACCCAAUUGCCCAAGGAUGCCAUCUAUCACCUCUCAGAUUUAGAAGAGGAUGAAGAGGAAGGUAUCACUUUUCAAGUGGAACAGAACCCUUCAAUAUCCAAGCCAGUAACAGGAAUCUUCCUUCCACCCAUUACUUCAGCUAGUGGUCCAGUUACAGUUGCAACUUCAAACCCAGGAAAGUGUCUGUCAUGCACAAACUCGACAUUCACCUUCACUACCUGUAGGAUAUUGCAUCCUUCUGAUAUCACUCAGGUUACCCCCAGGAUAUUUUCACAUUGUAUCUUCUCCUUUGAUCAUUAUAACUCUUCAAAGUGGCAGGGCAAUUCUGGGUUCCCUUCAUUAUCCUGUGGAAGUACUGGUAGCAGUUCAUCAAACACAGCGGUGAAUUCUCCUGCUAUGUCCUAUAGACUCAGCAUUGGUGAAUCUAUUACCAACAGACGAGAUUCUACUAUAACAUUCAGCAGCACCAUGAGCUUGGCCAAACUUCUACAGGAACGAGGCAUUUCUGCUAAAGUGUAUCACAGCCCAAUUUCAGAGAACGCCGUCUUCCAGCCUGUCCCCAAAUCCCUGGCUAUUCCUUCCACACCACCAAAUUCACCAUCUCACUCACCCUGCCCUUCUCCUUUACCCUUUGAGCCUCGAGUGCAUCUCUCUGAAAAUUUUUUGGCCUCCCGACCAGCUGAAACAUUCCUCCAGGAGAUGUAUGGUUUGAGACCUUCCCGGAACCCUCCUGAUGUUGGCCAGUUGAAGAUGAACUUAGUGGACAGGCUGAAGAGACUGGGGAUAGCCAGAGUAAUCAAAACCCCUAAUGCACAGGAAAAUGGAAGAAGCCAAGAGGCAGAAAUUGGUCUUCAAAGACCAGACUCUGCUAUUUAUUUAAAUUCAGGUAGCAAUUUAUUGAGUGGACUGAGGAGGAAUCAGAGUCUUCCAGUCAUGAUGGGUAGCUUUGGCACGCCUGUAUGCACAUCCUCGCCAAAAAUGGAUGUCCUGAAGGAAGACUGAAGUUCAGCAAUUAACUGAUCUCUUAAACAAAUUAGCACAUGAAGGAUAGAUUUGCACUGAUACAUGUAGUCUGGUCUGACUGAGAGAUAAGGAAUGUUGCAGAUGGAUUGUGAAUGUGGAAAGGGGAAGUGGAAGAAUGGAAACAGAAUUGAGAUGAGCCCCUAAUGAAUGAGGUCUAAUAAAUUGCAAGUAUAGAUGAAUGAGUUAUGAGUGUUUGGAGGCAGAAAAGGAAGAAAGGUUUAAUAUACUCCUUCAGUUGAAUGUUCCUAUCUUGAAAAUAAAAAGUGACUAGACAAUAAAUUCAGUAAUACCGAAAUAUGCCAGAGAUACUAAACUUGCUAGAACAUUUAUUCCUAGUAAACAAAAGCAGGAAGAACCCAGGUUAGGAGAUGGGAAGAAAAAGGGAGAAGCCUUGACCAUUGCCUAUAAAAAGCUGUACUGCAGGGUUGCUGAGGUAAGCCCUGUCUGUUACUGAGACAAGGAAGAUGCUUUUAUGUUUUACCCUGUUAAUGUCUGGAUAAAUUACAUAUCCAUCAAAUGGUAUGUACACAGCGUUAGCAAGCAAGGAAUUUUAUCUUUUUCAUAAAAUCAGAAUAGUGGAGACUCUCUUUUUUGCUUUCCGUUUUCAAGCCUUUGAGCCACUGGGAGCCCAAACGACCCAAAUUCCUUUUGUAUUUGUGAUUAAUAAAAAUUCAUUUUUAAAUUUGUAUUUUUAUACAACACCUCCCAAAAAACAACAUGAAUUGGGGGAUAAUGAUGUCCUUUAAGAAGGAAAAUAUGGGUAAGUUGGAACCAAGGAAACUUGUUUUCAAAAUAUUUUAUUUAGAUAAGUACAGUGGCCAAGAAAUAUGAACAUAAUUACAUGGCUUUCAAAUUUCCUUGGAGACUGGAAGGGGUUAAACCAGAAGUGCAAUCAAUAGGAAUUAGGGAAUGUUGUGUAUUUAUGUCUGUACGUUUUUUUGUAAGUAAAGUUAGUUGCAACUAAACUUUUUCCAAAGUGCUAUGCAUAUUUUUCAUUAAAGAUGACAUGUAUUUGCACAAAAUUUCUCAGGCAUAUUAAAUUAUUAUAAGCUGAAGUAAAACCCAGGUGCUUGCUUUGAGAUUGUGGUUUUUUUUAAUUGUAAAAUUAAAAUACAUUGUCUUUUUCUUGGUAUCUGUAGAAUUAGAGAAUGAACUUUUUAAUGGGGAAGUCAAAGUUUUUGCUUUUUUUCUGGGAAUCUUUUUUUUUUUUUUUUUUUGUACAGAUUCUAUGAAAUGGCAAAGUGAAACUCGGGAAUUCGGUUUCAGUAUUCAUCAGUGUGACACAAGCUGUGAAUUGGGAAGAAACAGAUCUGUUUUACAAACUGUCGCUAAUCAAGGCCUAUUCCUCAUCAUGACGUGGCUUUCUCUAGGCAGUACAGUUCAGAAAAAAAAAAAAAAAAAAAACCAUUAUGUGAAAGGCAUGAUAGAGAAGAGAUGAGGGUGGAGGCUAAUUAUUUUGUUAUUAAAAAUGGGAGGCAUAUUAAGUGAUCUUUUUGGUGGUUAAUUUGCAAAUGUUUUGCUCCUUACUUCUGACUUAACCGGAAGGCAGUUUUGUGAAGCAUUCUUGAUGAGAAUCUUGCUCUGAUUCCCAUCCAUACACCUAUUCUCAUGCCUGCAGAGGAUCCUUACUUUCUCCUCUUGUGGUGCCUCUCCUACAUAAAGAGCUGUGUGUUCAAAAGGGUAGAAAAACCCACAUGUGUGCAUGGUAAGAAUGUGUGAGUUUACCAUGCUUUUUAGAAGCUUAAUAAAACUUUUCUAAAUUUCUUAAAAACAAAAAGUGAAAGUGCCCUUUCCGCCUUCUCUCCCCUUUUGUUAGUCAUGCUGACAUCAGCAGACCUUACAUUAACAUGUUCAGAAAGGAUUCUAGCAGGUCUCCCAUAAGUGAACAUAAGUGUCCCUGAAUGUGGUAGGCAUUAACCAGAAGAAUUCCAUGUUUAAAGAUGUUUAAAUUUCCAGAAUAUUCCAAUUCACUUCUAAAAAAUAGUAUUUGAGUUCUACUUCAUAAAAUAACUCUGGGGUGCUUAUUUUAGCAAAUUCUUAAAGCUUUUUAUUUAUUCUCUAAGAAAAUAAUCUUGCUGUUGCCAGUUUCCAAGAAACAUCGGGAAAUGGGUAAAUGUACAGCCAGAGAGUAGUACAAAGUUAUGAAAUUAUCAGAUUUAUGUAUACUAUAUAAAUAGCUGUAAACUAAGCUAGAUUUUGGAGUGUUCUGUAUAAUUAGUAUACUUUUUUAAUAACUGAUGCUAAAAUGAUCAUUUUGGAGGCAGGGUGAGGGCAUAUUCACAGCCAAAUAAGCACAUCUAAUUGAAGUUUCAGUUUUUGAAAACUAGAUUGAUGUUACUGUUUCACCAGAAACAUAAUGAUUUGUAUACUGGCGCAUGCUUGUCUCUAAAAAUGAAUGUUGUGAAAUUGGGUUUUACUGUUUUUAAAGAUUCCAUCUAAAAUCAUUUUUGGUACAGCCUGAGAAUCUCUAUUCUAACAAAAGUGUGCAAAUUAUAGGAAGAAGACCUGGAGCCUUAUAGUAAGUUUCUCCUCACUUUAUCUGUUACACUUGAGUACUGUUCACAUUUUAGUUUUUCUGUAUCAACUGUGUAUGUACUUUUAUGCCAAUAUAAGAAACUCCAAUCUUUUUUUUCUCCUUUAGGAAGAUUCUCAGUGAUUAUACCUCAGGUAUUUCUAAGUAUCCUGCUCUCUAUAGGAGGGAUACCUUCAUGGGCUCAGAAUGAAAAGUUUCCCUGAAUUAUGAUGAUCUCAAAUCUUAUGUAGUAGCCUUAGGCGUUGGUCUUAGGGAGAACUUCAUGACCAUCGUUAAAGUAGCUGUUGGUUUUUUUUUAAGUUUUAUACUCUGUGUUCUUGAUUUGACAUGAAUGAACAGACUUUGGCAAAGGGAGGAAAUAAGAGGCAGCUCACAACAAGAGCCUAUUCUCUAUAAAAGGUGUAUUUUGUACAGUAUUCAUUCAAAGUUUGCUAUUUUUUUUUUUUUUUUGACCGUUCUGAUACUUGGUUACUAAUAUUGACUUUUGACAUCUGGAACUGGAGCUCUCAAGUGUUUAAUGGCCCACGCCUUUGAUGUCAGAUCCCACAGGCCUGCAGUCCCAAGUGCAACACCACAGUGUCUACAGCUGAGUGGUUGCAUUGUGGAGCACAGCUGCCCAGGAGUGGUGUUGGAAGUGCCCUCUGGGGCAGCCAGGGAAAUUCUAUUGUUUGAUAUCUAGGGCUUGACUUUGUCAAACAGCUCUUUGUGCACCUACCUUUGCUUUGUCAAAUGUAAAUCAGAUAAUAAACAUGAAUAUCUUCUUAAA